UAAUUCCCGGAUCUUUUCAGCUGCCGCCAAGUGUCUGCCUUAACCGCCGGCCGGCGGGGACGAGGAGGUGAACAACCGGGAACAUUACAUCAACAGUAGGCCCUCCGGUGUUCUCGGUACAAACACAUCUAACGGAUUUAACACGUUCGCCUGCGUAAUGGAAGCGGACGGGUUUGUCCCCUCCUCGACCCUGGAAUCGCCAGCUGUUGAAAGGCGGGUCACGGGUACUAUAGCCGCGACGGGAUUUGGGAUUCUUGGCAACAGCGUCUUGGAUGCCACGGGGGGCUUUGUCGGGACCUUCACUCCGAGAAUGACGGGGGAGCCGGAUUUUAUCUCCAUGUUGCACCGAGCAACUCCCGAGCCCUCGGCCUCCGUUGAGCCAGAAGCAGACUAUGAAGGACUGCCUCAAGGAGCAGCUAGCAGCACACACAUGCUGGCUGGAGCUGUGGCUGGAAUCAUGGAGCACUGUCUUAUGUAUCCUGUCGACUGUGUCAAGACCCGUAUGCAGAGUUUGCACCCGGAGCCGGGGGCGCGCUACCGGAACGUGAUGGACGCCCUGCAGCAGAUCGUACGGACAGAGGGGCUGUGGCGCCCCAUCAGGGGGGUCAACGUGCUGGCCGUGGGGGCCGGACCCGCACACGCUCUUUACUUCGCUUGCUACGAGAAAAUAAAGUUUUCACUCAGCGACGCAGUUCAUCCGGGCGCAAACAGCCACUUUGCAAACGGUGUAGCAGGUUGUGCAGCUACUGUUCUACAUGACGCCAUCAUGAACCCAGCUGAAGUUGUAAAGCAGCGGAUGCAGAUGUUCAACUCGCCCUACCGCGGCGUUCUGGACUGCAUGGGCUCUCUGCUGAGACAGGAGGGUCCGGCAGCCUUCUACCGCAGCUACACCACGCAGCUGACCAUGAACGUGCCGUUCCAGGCGCUGCACUUCAUGACCUACGAGUAUCUGCAGGAGCUGCUGAACCCGCACAGACAGUACAACCCGUCCUCGCACGUCGUGUCGGGCGCUCUCGCCGGCGCCCUGGCUGCCGCCGUCACCACUCCCCUCGACGUCUGUAAGACGCUGCUCAACACGCAGGAAGCUCAGGCCGUCCAUGUGAUCCCAGCUGGAGCGGCGGCGGCGGCCUCGGGUCCGGAGAGCCGCUACAUCUCCGGGCUGAGCGAGGCGUUCCGGACUGUGUACCGGACCGGAGGCGUGCCGGCGUUCUUUAAAGGCGUCCAGGCCAGAGUCAUCUACCAGAUGCCUUCCACCGCCAUCAGCUGGUCGGUCUACGAGUUCUUCAAGUACAUCAUCACGAAGCGGCAGCACGAGAAGAGGCUGCGUGGCGAUCGGGACGGAGACAAAUGAACCACAUCUGGUGUUGCUAAUGGAUCCUCAGCAUCGCAUUCGGUUCACAAACGAAGGCGGGUUAAGGUUCUUAGUGCAAAAAAAGUCAACUUUAUUUUGUUUACAGAAAUAAUGUGUAGUUCAUAUGAAAGCCCAGGGAAGGCAAGUUGACCUUCAAGUUGAGUUCAACUCGGCACCUGGAGGAAGCAGGAAGUUGUGACUCCAGCUGUGUUUUAUUCUAGCGCUCAGCUUGAUGAGCAUCUCCUAAGUGGCUUUUUAAAGAAAAACAGGAAACAUCACGCACAUGUAUAGGAUGUAAAAGGUGCUGCUAUUUUCUGACCACCAGAGGGCGCAGUGUUGCACAGCUGCAACAGAAACGACCCUGGAAACGCUGAGAAGGAGAGCGUUUGAGUUUGACCCGUUUUUGCACAUUUUUGAAUGUUAUUAGCAGGUGGCUGGAAGUCGAACAGUUCAGAGCAAAAAAUAAAGAAGUGAAAACAGGAAAAAUAUCAGUGUGGAGCCGACAGAGAGAAAUGAUCACUGGCAAAAGGAAUGGGCCAGCGAGAGACGCUUGGUGUUGUGGUGUCACGGCUUUAACACAAAACAUGAUAUAAAUGCUUUUUUCUGAUUCAAUAAUAUAAUUUUAUCAGUUUAUAAAACGACUCAUUAGGGCUGAAAUGAUUCAAAUCAUCAACUAGUUUAGUAAUUCACUGAAAAACAAAACCAUACAAACAAAAUACAUUUUGCAUUUAAAAUGUAAAUAAAUCUAUUUGUAAAAAUAUUCUACCCAAAACUCCUCGAUAAUUUAUUAAGUUUACAUAGUUAUACCUAAUAUCUCUAUGCUGAGAUUGAAAUUGAAGUCACAAUUUUAGACUUUAAAUCUGAUUUUGAAAAAAUUCAUAGUUUCUAACUUAAAUUCACUUUAUUUUGGUGAAUUAGCGUUACAAAAAAAGAGAAAACGGAACAAAAUGCUACUUUAUAAACCAAUAAAUUACUAAAAAACCUCAAACUUGUUCCUGGUUGAUUUGAAGUCCUUUUCCUGAUAUUUAGGAAAUAAUUUCAUCAAAAAAACUCUGAAAAGCUGCAUUUGUUGUGUCUUUAUUUAAAUACAUUAACUGGAGUUAAGAGCCGCUGUGAAAGGCCUACAGGGCCACUUCUGGGUCCGGAGCCGCAGGUUGCAGACCGCUGGUUUAAACCAUGAUGCUGUUUAAUCGUUUAAUGGUCGUCGAUACGCCGGCCCGGCCCUACCUGACUUUGAAAAACGUUCUCUCUGUCUGUCUUCAGGAUCCAUUCGGUCUGGCACAUUGCAUUCUUCCUAAGUGAGUUUUAAACACUGUAUUUAUGUAUAUCCCACAAAAAAGGUGAUGAGAGUCUUUAUUUUUGUCAGUAUUUUGUACUUGCACUACAGUAGCACUCACAGGCAGAUAUUUUAUCCAAUUUAGUAACAAAACCGCUCGCAGGAUGAGGAAAUUACUGAUGCACGCCUCAGCUAGCCGCAAUGCAGCCAGCGCACAACUCAACAUGUUCUUGUUUUGAAGCCAUAAACUGGACAUAAGAUGUAGAAAAUGUAUUUAAAGAUAUUUAACCCCCCCCCUGAAACUUUUAUUUUGAAAAGAAAUCUAAUUUGUACGAUGUGCUGUAAAUACUCUGAGCUUUGCACCUUGACAGAAAGCCUGUAUGUGUGGCGAGUUUUAACUCCUGGAAAGCCAAAGACUGAGAGCUAGUAAAGGACAGGAAGUAGUUUGUCGGUUGAACACACUUACUUACUUACUUACUUACUAUGAAAUGCUUGAACAGUGUUUGGAAGAGACACCUGUUUUUUGUGAAUUGUAAAUAAACGUGCUCAAGGCAGCUCCUCGCAGAAGCAGGGUCUUCUCUUGGUGCUGGCUGGCCAAGCGCUGAGAGACCAGAAA